UCUUCUUUAUCCUAUUCAUAAAUUCACCCACUAAUGGGAACUGUACAUCGCCUUUUCUCCCCCAAAUUUAUUUUCAAUUAAUAUUUUCUUUUUCUAAAAAAUCAAAAUCGCCCUAAACCUUUAAAACCUCAAAAAAUUCUCACCAAAAAAACCCCAAAUUCGUAUAUCAUGGCCUUUCAUGUCGCAUGUCCAAUUACAUGCCGACGAAUCUGUAACUGUAAGCUGGGGUUUCCAUCGGAGCUACGGAGCGAGAAGGGGCAGAUUGAGUUCUUGGAGGCAGCGUCUAGGGUUGAUGCGAUUUUUAAGAAUCCGUCGUUGAUUUAUGGUAAACCGAAGUCGGUUCAGGUUCUUGUACCGAAGGUAGUUGUUGCAUCUCCACCCCCUCUUCCUCUUCCUCCUCCGAUCCAGGCGAUUGUGACUCCUAAUGCUUCUGCGAUUGUGGAUGUGGGUGGGGUUGGGGAUGCGGCGGAGGAGCUGUUGUCCGCUCAGACUAAGCGUGCGGCGAUGCAGAAGAAGGCUGCUGCUGCAUCUGUGGCGGCGGAAGAUUUUGCUCGUAGAUUUGAAUCUGGGGAUAUGGCUGAGGGAGUCGCUAAAGAUCUUGCUGCAGAUGAACAAGGCCUCUCAAAUGCCAAAGUUAUGUGUCGCCUCUGUUUCUCAGGUGAAAACGAAGGAAGUGAGAGAGCUAGAAAGAUGCUACCAUGUAAAACUUGUAACAAGAAAUAUCACAGAAGCUGUGUGAAGUCUUGGGCUCAAAAUAGAGAUCUGUUUCACUGGAGUUCUUGGGCUUGCCCUUCAUGUCGUACAUGUGAGGUAUGCAGAAGGACUGGUGACCCAAACAAGCUUAUGUUUUGCAAAAGGUGUGAUGGGGCACAUCACUGUUAUUGUCAGCAACCUCCACACAAGAAUGUUAGUAGUGGACCUUAUUUGUGCCCUAAGCAUACAAAGUGUCACAGCUGUGCAUCCACAGUUCCAGGAAAUGGUUUAAGUGUCAGGUGGUUUUUAGGGUAUACUUGUUGUGAUGCUUGUGGGAGAUUGUUUGUGAAAGGAAAUUACUGCCCUGUUUGUUUAAAGGUGUAUAGAGACUCAGAAUCAACUCCCAUGGUUUGUUGUGAUAUCUGUCAACGUUGGGUGCAUUGUCACUGUGAUGGAAUUAGUGAUGAAAAAUAUUUGCAAUUCCAAGUGGACAAUAACCUGCAGUAUAGAUGUGCUACAUGUCGUGGAGAAUGUUAUCAGGUCAGGGAUCUGGAAGAUGCUGUUCAGGAACUGUGGAGGAGGAGAGACAAAGCUGACCGGGAGCUGACCGCAAGUCUUCGGGCAGCUGCAGGGCUGCCCACUCAAGAAGAAAUAUUUUCAAUUCAACCUUAUUCAGAUGAUGAAGACAACAAACCUUCAUCAAAGAAUGAAUUUGGGCGUUCAUUAAAGUUUUCUCUCAAAGGGGUAGUUGAUAAAUCCCCUAAAAAGAAUAAAGAAUCUUUAAAAAAAUCUGGAAACAAAAAAUCUGUUCAGAAAAAGGGACUCCAUGGACCUGUAAUUGAAGGGGUAAAAUCGGAAAGAAAUGUUAAUAGAGUGGACACCAUGAAUGAAAAUGGAAAGCUUUCUAACAACACCAAGGGACCAAAACUUGUUAUACAUUUGGGUUCACGAAACAAAAGCAUAUCAAAUUCUCCAAGAUCUGAUGCAUCAAAUUUACAUAAAGAUCAAGAGUUGUUAGCUUCUAAUGGCGUUUCAGAUCAUCAUCAUCAACAUCAUGAUUAUCAUGAUCAAACAAAAGGAUUGAAAUUGAGAGGAAAAGAAGGAAACACAAUCAAGAUCAGAAAGUUGAAUCCAGAAGUUUCGGUAGGUGGUAAAAAGAACACAGAGAGGGAGAGGGAGAGAGAGAGGGGGAGGGCCCCACAUACAUCAGAACUGAAGCCAUUGUUGAGAUUAAAGUUCAAGAAUCCGUAUUCUGAAAACCAGACUUCAUGGGGUGCAUCUGGUGAAGAUGAUAAAAGCUGUGUAAAGGGUCAAAGAUCUAAAAGGAAAAGGCCAUCAUCAUAUGGGAAAGAAGAUGAAGAUGAAGAUGAUAUGAUGAUGGAUGAUGACAUCAUGGAUGCGAAUUGGAUCAUUCAGAAAUUGGGAAAAGAUGCGAUUGGGAAGAAGGUUGAAGUUCAUCAGCCAUUGAAUAACACAUGGCGUAAGGGUGUUGUGAUUGAAGUGUUUGAAGGGACUUCUGUUGUGUCGGUUACUUUAGAUGAAGGGAAGAAGACGAGUAAUGUUGAUCUUGAGAAACAAGGGAUUCGGUUUGUUUCACAGAAGCAGAGAAGAUGAGGUGGCAUUGGGAUUGAUUUAGGUUUAGUUAAAACUUUAAAAGGAAGUUAUUUAGAUGGGUUAAUUGGAGUAUUUAAAUCUCACAAGUUGUAGGAUUUGUGGUUUAUAUAUAAUAGAGGGUCAGUGUGUGUAAGUUAUGGUGUAGUUUUUGUAGUUUGUAACUGUGUUUGUUUUUUUGGAAUGUGGUUGAGGAUUACAAGAUGGUGUAUUUGGGUGUCGGAUUUUAUUCAAAAUUCAAAUGUUGUUUUCAAAAUUUAAAUUGUAGUUUGUAGCGAUUGUUGAAUUUUCAGAAAACCAGAGGUCUGUUUUUGAAUUUUACUUCUAAAUUUAAGGUGCACACAUG